GAUUUAAACUAGAGAGAGAGAGAGAGAGAGAGAGAGAGAGAGAGAGGGGCCUUUCUCUGUAGUCAUACAGUCCUGUCAGUAAUAUAGUCUCCUGAAGAGAUUUAAAGCAAAAGCUGCAGGACUAAAAAAGGAUUUACUCUGUACUGACCUGGGGCAGAGUUGUGAAGCGGAAAUGGUGAAGCCAGACAGACGUAAGUGCACGGGAGCAUGUCCUCAGCAUGACUUUAACCAAGCCGACACACUGAAGACACUUAAAGUGGACCGCCGUCCUCCACUCAUGCUAAAUAUAGCCUUGGCCCUGCAGCAUGUUAUGGUCCAUGCCUCUCUGUGUGUACUGGUAGUUGGGGCAUUAGUGCCUCAGGUUGAGAAGGAAAGGAUAGCUGCCUCUGUGUUCUUUUACUCUGGUGUUUCUACACUCAUCCAGACUUGUUUUGGAUCAUGUUUGCCAUUGAUUCAGGCUCCAUCGCUUGACUUCCUGGUUCCAGCUCUUGUCUUGCUGGGUGCACGUGCAGGGAGUCAUGCAGCCUGUAGGGGGCAGUGUGAUCAAUCAGAACAGUUUGAGGUCCCGGCACAUCAACUGAGAGAGUUGCAGGGCAUGGCUGUAGUAGCAGGCCUGGUACAGUUGUCAGUGGGUUUGUGUGGUGUGGGCGGAGCUGUGCUCUCCCGAUGCGGUCCACUUGUCCUCACUCCUGUGUGUUGCAUUCUGGGAUUCUCUAUCUACAGAGAGGCAGCUCUGCUCUGCUCAGACCAUUGGGGCUUUGCUCUGCUGACUGUGGUUUUGCUGGUGUGUUUGUCUCAGCACCUGCGCUGCUGGACUCUUUCUGCUCAUAUAAAGCUCCCGCUGUACCCUGUUGUCAGUAUGCUCUCAGUGCUGCUGUCUGUGCUGUUGGUGUGGGUCGUGUGUGCUGCUCUACAACACUGUGGACGCAUCACUCCUCACUCUGUUUCCGAACUGCUUUUCAAGGAUGAUUUAAAUACUACCUCAUUUCAGGACUGGGAGGCUGCAAAUUCAACCUACCUGGAUGCUCCAGAUCCCACAGCAGCGUGGCUUAGCCUGCCUUUACCAGGUCUUGGGCUCCCCCUCCUGACUGGUGACAGUAUUGCAGCUGGAAUUGCAGCAGGGUUGUCGUCUUGUAUCAGCUCUCAGGUGGUGUAUGUGCUGACAGCCCGGCUCCUGAAAGCUCCCACACCUCCAGCACAGGCGUGUAACAGGGGGGUGAGUGUAGAGGGGCUGGGCAGUGUGCUUGCCGGGCUGAUGGGGGCACCGGUGGGGCUUUGCAGCAGUGUUCCUAAUGCAUGUAUGACCAGCCUCAGCCAGUGUGGGUCUCGGGCAACAGUUCAGCUCUCUGCAGUGAUGAUGCUAGUUCUGGGUCUGUUCCCACAUCUGACUCAGGUGCUCACUUCAGUCCCUCUGGCUAUCCAUGGUGCUGUGCUCAGCGUGACCUACACAGUGGCUGCAGCAACAGGAAUAACAUACCUCCAGUACGCAGAUGUCGACUCAGGGCGCAACAUUUUCAAUACAGGCUUCACAGUGUUCAUGUCUUUAGUGCUUCCUCGCUGGUUCAGAAUGCAGUCUGGAUUUAUCUACACUGGUGUAGGCAGUUUUGAUAUAUUUUUGCAGUCUUGUUUGAUGCUGCCUGUAUUUUUAGUAAGCCUCUUGGCCUUUCUUCUAGACCACACAGUUUCAGGAACCAUGUCUGAGAAGGGGCUUGAACAAGAUCAGAGCACUAGGAAGAUACAAUCAUUAGCCAAUAAACCACAAGAAAACCGCCAAAGUCUGGUGACAGUGUACGAACCUCCACAACCUGUGAGGAAGGUCCUGAAUUGGCCUGGUCUUCGUACAUUUCCUUUCUGUGCCUGCAGGAGUCUGGAGGUGGAGAAAAUCCCAGUGAAUUCUGUAGAGAUGUCAAGCUUAUUACCUCAGUAGCUUGAGCUACAGCAUAUGUGUUUUGCUGAUGAAGCUGAGCUGCAUCAAAUAUAUUUCAU